UUAGCCACCAUGGGGCUAAGAAUUGCCAGCGUUUUUGCACUGUGGCUGGCUCUUUCCUGUGCGAACGAAAUUAAGAAAGGCAAAAGCCAAAACCAUGGCCACUAUGUCUGCAGUACCUGGGGGAACAAUCAUUUCAAAACUUUUGAUGGCGACUUCUACCAGUUCCCUGGACUCUGUGAUUACAACUUUGCUUCUGACUGCCGAGAGUCUUACCAGGAGUUCUCAGUCCACGUCCAGCGUGCUGUGAAUGAAAAUCGACACCCUGACAUACAAUAUGUCCUGAUAACCAUAAAGGAUGUUGUAAUCUACCUCACCCAAAAUGCGGUUGUCGUGAAUGAGCAAAUUGUAACAACACCAUACUAUAGUUCCGGUUUGCUGAUUGAGAACAGUGAAAUCUACACUAAAGUCUAUGCAAGAGCGGGCCUGGUUCUAAUGUGGAACCGUGAAGAUUCACUGAUGUUGGAGCUGGAUGCCAAGUUUAACAACCAUACAUGUGGUCUUUGUGGGGAUUACAAUGGACAGCAGCUCUACAAUGAAUUUAUCUCUAACGACAUGACCUUCAAUCCGAUCACAUUUGGAAAUAUGCAAAAGAUUAACAAACCCAACACAGUAUGUGAGGACCCUGAUGAAACACAGACUGUCACAACCUGUAAUCAGCAUCGUGAUGAGUGUCUGAGUCUGCUGACUUCUUCAGUAUUCGCUGACUGUGAGUCCCGUCUGAACCUGGAGAUGUAUGUUCAAGCCUGUAUGCAGGAUAAGUGUGCCUGCCAGGGAGCUGAGGAUUCCUUCUGCCUUUGCAGCACCAUCUCUGAGUACUCUCGCCAAUGCUCCCAUGCUGGUGGCCGGCCUGGAAACUGGAGGACAGAAGAGUUUUGCCCUAAGACGUGCCCUGGAAACAUGAUCUACCAGGAAAGCAGCUCACCAUGCAUAAGCACUUGUUCCCAUUUGGAGAUCAGCAGCCUUUGUGAGGAACACUUCAUGGAUGGCUGCUUCUGCCCUGAAGGAACGGUGUAUGAUGACAUCAAUGGGAAAGGCUGUGUGUCUGUUAACCAAUGUCACUGCAAACAGCAUGGAUCCCUGUAUUCACCUGGGCAAACUAUCACCAAUGAAUGUGAAGAAUGCACCUGUGAUUCAGGCAGGUGGGUGUGCAAGCACUUAUCCUGUCCAGCCUCAUGCUUAGUGGAAGGAGGUGCUCACAUCACCACCUUUGAUGGGAAGAAAUACACCUUCCAUGGAGACUGCUACUAUGUGCUGUCCAAGGGAGGUAUAAAUGACACUCACUCCCUCCUGGCAGAGCUGUCUCCCUGUGGCUCCACAGACAAACAGACCUGUUUGAAGACUGUUGUGCUGUUAAUAGACCACAAGAAAAAUAUCUUGGUUUUCAGAUCAGAUGGCACUGUGCUGCUGAAUGAACUGGAAGUGCACUUGCCUCAUGUGACAGCAAGCUUCUCAAUUUUCCAGCCAACUUCAUACCAUCUCAUUGUGCAUACCUAUUUUGGUCUCAAGCUACAAAUCCAAUUGGUUCCAAUCAUGCAGCUGUUUGUGAUUGUGGAUCAAUCUGCCCAAGGAAAACUGCAAGGUCUUUGUGGGAAUUUCAAUGGCAUAGAAUAUGAUGAUUUUAAAACAGCUGGUGGGCUGGUAGAAGCUACAGGAUCUGCCUUUGCUAACACUUGGAAAGCACAAGCCACCUGUAAAGACCAAGUGGAUAAUUUGGAAGACCCUUGUGCUCUCAGCUUUGAAAGCGAAAAUUAUGCUGAAUAUUGGUGUUCCUUACUGAAAAAUUCAGAAUCUCCUUUUGCCAGAUGUCACUCAGUCAUUGAUCCUGUGGAAUAUUAUAAGAGAUGUAAAUAUGACACCUGCAACUGUAAGAACAGUGAAGAAUGCUUGUGUGGGGCCCUCUCCUCUUACGCAAGAGCCUGUGCCGCCAAAGGAAUCAUGCUGGGAGGCUGGAGACAAACUGUCUGCAACAAAGAAGUGUCCUCUUGCCCAGCAUCCCAGGUCUUCCGUUACAAUCUGACCACAUGUCAACAUACCUGUCGCUCCCUUGCUGAUGGCGAAAAGCACUGCUUAGAGGGCUUUAUUCCCGUUGAUGGCUGUGGCUGCCCUGAUAACACCUAUAUGAAUGAGAAGGGUAACUGUGUGUCCAUCUCCCAUUGUACAUGCUACUAUAGAGGGUCAUACCUGGAACCUGGGGAUGUCAUCGUGAAACAAGAAGAACGCUGUGUUUGCCGAAAUGGAAUUUUCCAUUGCACUCAAGUGAAGACACCAACAGAAGUCAAGUGUCCAUCCCCCAAGAUUCACUUUGAUUGCAGCAGUGUCAAGUCUUGGUCUUCACAAACCCCUCUGCAGCUAAGUUGCCAUACGCUGGGUACUGACUAUUUCCAGACAGAGUGUGUCUCAGGGUGCAUAUGUCCUCAUGGACUGAUUGAUGAUGGCAGAGGGGACUGUGUCAAGGAGGAGAACUGUCCAUGUAUUCAUAACAAGCAGUUUUAUUCUUCUGGAGAAGACGUAAAAGUGGACUGCAACAAAUGUACCUGUCAAAAAGGAAAAUGGACCUGCACCAAUAAUGUGUGCUAUGGGACUUGUACUAUAUAUGGAAGUGGCCAUUAUAUCAGCUUUGAUGGAAAACACUAUGACUUUGAUGGACACUGUGAAUAUGUGGCUGCCCAGGAUUAUUGUGGCAAGGAUCCCAAAAAUGGUUCGUUUAGUAUCGUCACAGUGAAUGUUCCAUGUGGAACCACCGGAGUCACCUGCUCAAAGGCUAUUAAAGUAUUUCUAGGGAGAACCGAACUGAAGUUUGAGGACAAGCAGUAUUUAGAAAUUCGGCGAGAUGUUGGCGACCAUGUACAGUAUUGGAAUUAUACGGUGGGGCUCUACCUUGUUAUUGAGGCCAGCAAUGGCGUGAUACUCAUCUGGGAUAAGAAGACUACUAUUUUCCUAAAGCUGACUCCUAAUUAUAAGGGCAAAAUCUGUGGUUUGUGUGGCAACUUCGAUGACAAGUCCAACAAUGAUUUCACAACAAGUAGUGGGCUGCUGGUGACCAAUCCUCUGGAGUUUGGUAAUUCUUGGAAACGUGGCCCCUGCCCUGAUGUGGUGAAUGAGAUUCUGCCCUGCAAUCUGAAACCUCACCGCAAGUCCUGGGCAGAGAAGGAGUGCAGCAUCAUCCGGAGUGAAGUCUUCAAAGAUUGUCACGCCAAGGUGGACCCAGCUCCAUUCUAUGAAAAUUGUGUUCAUGAUGCCUGCUCCUGUGACAGUGGUGGAGACUGUGAGUGCUUCUGUUCCGCAGUUGCUGCUUAUGCCCAUGAGUGCAAUAAGACUGGAGUUUGUGUCUUCUGGAGAACUCCUGAUAUAUGCCCAAUAUUUUGUGAUUUCUACAACCAUUAUAACGAGUGCAAAUGGCACUACAAGCCUUGUGGCAGUCAAAUUAAGACUUGCAGGAUCAUUCAUAAUGUCAUCACCAACUUCUCAUUGCCAUAUCUGGAAGGUUGCUACCCCAGAUGCCCUGACGAAAAGCCCUUUUUUGAUGAAGACUUCAACAGAUGUGUAACUGACUGUGGCUGUUAUGAAAAUUACACUCGUUAUGAAAAUGGCACAGCAAUGCCCCCAGAACACGGUUGUCAGAAAUGUAUCUGCAUCUCACCAAAAAAAGUGUGCGAACCUGUACCAGAAGAACAACUUCACAACGAAGCUUUUUCUUGCAGGCUGUACCACUAUCCCAACAACCACUACGCCCCUUACAACCACCACCAUCACCACGUCGACAACCACUACAACUACCACUGUGUCAACAUCAACUACUACAACAGAGACCACAACAGUCUGGCUAAGCCAAUAUUUGGCCCAGAAAAUGGUGAUUAUGAAACCUAUGUCAAAAUCAGAGAAUGGAACUCCUCAGCGAUAUGUGACAAUCCACUAAAUAUUUCAUGCAGAGCUCAGCUAUUUCCUGACAUCCCCAUUAAAGAUUUAGGACAAAAAGUGCAAUGUGAUGUUUCCACUGGGCUUACCUGUAAUAAUAGAGACCAAGUCCCAGGAGGCAUGAUUCCGAUUCCUAUGUGCCUCAAUUAUGAGAUCAGUGUUUACUGCUGCUCACCACCUUGCUCCACACCUGCACCAACAACGACUCCAACUUCCACCCUGACAACCACGACAACCAUUCCAACAUCAACUACUACAUCCGGAACUACAACCAGCACUUCAACAGUCAGACCUUCAAUGUUAUUGAAUGAGUCAGACAUAUUUUUAAAUCUAUUUGUUUCCAAUGUUUGUUUGAAGAUUGCAAAAGGUGUACACUUGCUGGGCCUCCUUAUGAUGGUCUUGCUGAAAUAUUUCUUUCUCUAUAUUUCUUCCAUUCAAGCGCUUAAGUGCCCAUCACACAGAGUAUACAAAGCAUGUGGUCCUAUUGAAGAGGUGACCUGCAAGUCAAGCCAAGUUGCACAAAACCAAACCAGUCGUGUGGAAGGCUGCUUCUGUCCUGCUGGAACAAUGCCUUAUGGUGAAGGUGUGGAUGUCUGUGUAAAAACCUGCGGGUGUGUUGGACCAGAUAAUAAACCAAGAAAGUUUGGGGAAGUUUUUGAGUUUGACUGUAAGAGAUGCAUUUGCCUGGAGGGUGGAAGUGGCAUUAGCUGUGAGCCCCUCAAAUGUCCAGCGCAAGCGGAUAAACCAAGCUGCAGUGAUGAAGGCUUUUACGAGGUCACUGAAGUCAAUCCUGACAACAUCUGCUGCAGCAUAACUUCCUGCAGAUGCAAUGCGAGCUUUUGCACAACCAUACCUCCUAAAUGUAAAAUUGGUUACGAACUUGUUUCUGAUAUUGCCACUGGCAAGUGCUGUCCUACGUAUGAGUGCGUUCCCAAGAAGGUUUGUGUGGUUGGGAAUGCUGAGUACAUGCCUGGUUCCCCAGUCGUUGCUGAUAAGUGCCAAAAUUGUGUCUGCACUGAUAAAUCGAACAGUACUGGUCUGAAUGUUGUCACAUGCAAGCGCAUUCCAUGCAAUGAAAGGUGCCAGCCAGGAUAUGAACUUAAAGAUGUGAAAGGGGAAUGCUGUCCAAAAUGCGUGCAGACCAAGUGUGUUGUAAAUAAGGGUGACAGCACCGUCCUCAUCUUGAGUCCUGGUGAAAUGGAAAACGAUCCAAAAGACAACUGCACCGUUUAUAGCUGUGUGUCGAUCAAAGGUCAGCUCAUCUCCUCCACCUCAGAGAUUACCUGCCCAUCGUUCAAUGAGGAGAAUUGUAAAGCUGGCACUAUUACACUGCUGCCUAAUGGUUGCUGUAAAACAUGCAUCCCUCGCGACAGCCCAUCACCAUGUUCUGUCACCCAAAUCGUGGACCAUAUCACCCAUAAGGGCUGCCGUUCUGUGGAUAAAGUCUACCUGACUCAAUGUGAAGGAUCAUGCGGAACCUUCUCAUUAUACUCUGCUGAGGCCAACUCCAUGGAGCACAGGUGUUCCUGCUGCAGGGAGGCAGCAACUAGCGAGAAGCAAGUUCUACUGCAAUGCCCCGAUGGGAAAUCUGUGAUUCACAAGUACCUGCACGUGGACCGUUGUGAAUGUCUUGACAGUGAGUGCACACAACCCAGCUCCUCAGAAAAGUCAAAGGAAAGUGAAGAACAGAGUGCCAUCGAACGUGUCAAGCGGGCCAUUCAGAAAAUAUUGAAAUGAAGGGGAGAAAAGUAAUGGCGCACAGAAAAAAGUACAAGGAGGGUCUAUGCACCAGUCUAAUUUUCCAAGAGUAAAUCAAUGCUUUGCCUUUUCUCACUUCCUCCUCUUCUGUGCCCUCUCUGAUUAUUUGUAAUUGUGCUCUAUUUAUUUGUAUCUCUUUUGUUUAGUUUUAAGUUAGUUUCUUUUGCUUUAAAUGAUUAAAAAUUCAU